AGCCUACAAUUGUGGAAGAAUGGGCGGAACGCAUCAUUGUAUUGCACACCUCUAAAAAAACAGUGCUCUGAUUCAUAAAUAUAAAAAGAUCCUCUAAAGGAGGGCAGUGUUUUUGUGUGAUGGCAACUUCACUUCUAGGGGAGGAGCCGAGAUUAGGUUCGACUCCUUUAGCCAUGUUGGCUGCAACAUGCAACAAAAUAGGGAGUCCGAGCCCUUCACCGUCUGCUAUUUCGGAUAACUCCUCGUCCUUUGGCAAAGGCUUCCACCCGUGGAAAAGAGCCGCCGCCAGCAGCUGUAGCCUCGGCUCCGGUCUCUCAGGCUUCGGCGUGUCCCGCAACGGAUCCGGAAUCUCGGACUCAUUCGGCACCAACAGCCCCUCUGGAUCCAGCGCUUUUUCCCUCACGUCUGGAACCACGUCGAGUUCACACUUUGGAAACGACUAUUCUGUUUUCCAAGCGUCGGUUUCCAGCGGCUCCCAAGAGUCCAGCCACCAGCCGGUGUUCAUCUCCAAGGUCCACACCUCCGUGGACAGUUUACAGGGCAUCUAUCCCAGGAUGAGCGUCGCGCAUCCCUACGAGUCCUGGUUCAAGUCGUCUCACCCCGGCAUCCCUACUGCAGGUGACGUCGGGACCACGGGAGCCUCGGCGUGGUGGGACGUUGGCGCGGGAUGGAUAGACGUUCAGAACCCGAACGGAGCCGCACUACAGACAUCACUACAUUCCGGUGGACUCCAGACUUCCUUGCACUCACCUCUGGGUGGAUAUAAUUCAGAUUAUUCCAGUUUAAGUCACUCUGCUUUCAGCACGAGUCCCUCUCCACACCUGUUGACCAGCGGUCAGCACCUGAUGGACGGUUUCAAACCAGUCUUAUCCUCUUAUCCGGACUCUACCCCAUCACCGUUAGCCGGUGCAGGUGGGACUAUGCUCUCCGGGGGUCCACCUGCGUCUUUAGCGGGGUCUCCGCGGUCAUCUGCUCGCCGCUAUUCCGGCAGAGCCACCUGCGACUGUCCUAACUGCCAGGAGGCGGAGAGACUCGGUCCGGCGGGCGCCAGCCUCCGGAGGAAAGGUCUCCACAGCUGUCACAUCCCCGGCUGUGGUAAAGUUUACGGUAAAACGUCUCAUCUGAAGGCGCACUUGAGGUGGCACACCGGCGAGAGGCCGUUUGUGUGCAACUGGCUCUUUUGCGGCAAAAGAUUCACUCGCUCCGACGAGCUCCAGCGACACUUACGCACACACACCGGGGAGAAAAGGUUCGCGUGUCCGGUGUGCAACAAGAGAUUUAUGCGCAGCGACCACCUGAGUAAACACGUAAAAACGCACAGCGCCGGAGGAUCCGCCGGCUCUGGCUCCGGGGGCAGCGGAGGGAAGAGGGGCAGCGACACCGACAGCGAACACAGCGCGCCGGGCAGCCCUCCCUGUCAUUCCCCCGACCUGUUGCACCCACCCGAGUCCACCCAGGGAGUGGGAAUGAACGGCCUGUGAAUGGCCCCCCCGCCCCGCUCCACAAGUGAAGUAAAAAAAAACUGUAAAACAGCCAGGUGUCGUGGUGGAAGUGGUGAAAUGUGGACAUACUUUAGAGUAUGCGCAAAUGCCUCAUCCAUACUCUUCAUAUGAUACGACAAGUACGUUUCUCUUUGACCUUUUUAAGUGUUUAACUACUAACUGGACAACAACUCCUUCAACAAAAAAUAUAUAUAUAUAUACAUGUCAGAAAUACAUCUGCGGUGUGACAGUGUAAUCUUUAAAAAUAUUUCGGGGGCACAACUGAAACUUUCUGAUCCUGAUCCUAGUCCUGACCCUGGUCACAGCCUCUCAGACCUUAGACCCGGGUCACAGAUGUGACACAGUGGUGACCUCUGACAGAGACGACCUGCAGAGUUGUGUUGUAGUUGUUGUCUGCUGUCAUUUACGUUGUUCAAAACCAAACGCUGGCACUUUAUUAUCAGGCAGGAGAAACGGUUCUAGUCCCUGAGGACGGAACACACACACACACACACACACACCUGUAGAGUGUGACUGGACGGUUUGGACUGUCUGAUCUCUGUCAGUUUUUCUUUUUUUUUGUAUCAAACACUGCGUCCACUCCACAGCCCACAGGCCGUGUUGUAACUUUGUAAGUAAGGCCAGUCGAGGUGACGACACUUCGAUUCAAAAGUUGUGCUGUAUAGAAUGAGAGAUGUAGCUUAGAGUUGAAUACAUCCCCAAUGUAAAGGUGAGUAAUGUAUUUGUCCAGGAGACGACUUUGUAUAGGUAUUUCUAGUUGUAUAUGGACUCUAGUAAAUAUUUGGGAAAAAAAAUAUAUACGGAAAUGUAUUUGGAUUUUUCUUUGACAUGAUAUGAAAAUGUAUUGUGGGGAGUUAUAUUUAACCACCAGUUUUCUUGUAUUUAGGGCUCUAUCCAGUAGGCGCACUUUGAAUUUAUUUGUACGGUUUGGAAAAUCAUUUACUGUUUACCCACUCGUUUAAUUUAAGUACGCAUGUUGUAAAGUGAUUUUAAUUUUACAAUGAUAUUUUUUUUCCUUCCCUCCGAGAAUGGCUUCUUAUGGAAGCCACUCAAUAAAGUCAGUAUGAAUUCAGAAGCAGCUGAUCGACUCGGUUUAUUUGAUUGUUGAGUCGAUAACAUUCAUUUGUCCCCCAGCAAACCGGUGA